GUCGCCGCUCCCCAUUGCUCCCAUUGGAAGAGUAUGCUCUGCGCCCAGCCCGGCUUUCUCCAGAAUCUGUAUCAGAACAGGUUAUUAGGCCUGGCUGCUAUGGCAUCACCGUCCAGGAACUCGCAGAACCGGCGUCGGUGCAAAGAACCUCUGAGGUACAGCUAUAACCCAGACCAGUUCCACAACAUGGACAUUGGAAAUGGGCCCCAUGGGACAGUCACUAUUCCACGCUCGACCAGUGACACAGAUUUGGUCACUUCAGAUAGCCGGUCUACACUCAUGGUCAGCAGUUCCUAUUAUUCCAUAGGACAUUCGCAGGAUCUAGUGAUUUAUUGGGAUAUAAAAGAAGAAGUAGAUGCAGGUGACUGGAUUGGCAUGUAUCUCAUUGAUGAGGUCCUAUCAGAAAACUUCUUGGACUACAAAAAUCGUGGGGUGAAUGGCUCUCACCAAGGCCAGAUUAUCUGGAAAAUUGAUGCCAGCUCUUGCUUUGCAGAAU